UCCCUGCCGCCCGCCCGGGCCGACCCCGUGCCGCCGCCCUCUGCGGCGCUGCGCCAUGGUCCGGCCCGGGCGGGGCGCGCCCCUCCCCCGCCUUUUGCGUCGGUUCCGCCCGCAGGAUUCCAGCCGCCGCCGCUGCUCCUCGCCGCAGCUCCGGUCCGGGCCGCUCGGGCGUUUUCUCUCUGCCUUAAAGUCGGGCGUCUUUUAUGAAUCAAAAGCAGCAGAAGCCGACGCUAUCGGGCCAGCGUUUCAAAACUAGAAAAAGAGAUGAAAAAGAGAGGUUUGACCCUACCCAGUUCCAGGACUGUAUUAUUCAAGGUUUAACUGAAACUGGCACUGACUUGGAGGCAGUAGCAAAGUUUCUUGAUGCUUCUGGUGCAAAACUUGAUUAUCGUCGCUAUGCAGAAACACUUUUUGACAUCCUGGUGGCUGGUGGAAUGCUGGCCCCAGGUGGUACCCUGGCAGAUGACAUGACACGCACAGAUGUCUGUGUAUUUGCAGCACAAGAAGACCUAGAAACCAUGCAAGCAUUUGCUCAGGUUUUUAACAAGCUAAUCAGGCGUUACAAGUACCUGGAGAAAGGCUUUGAAGAUGAAGUCAAAAAGUUGCUGCUGUUCCUGAAAGGGUUCUCAGAGUCUGAGCGGAACAAACUGGCCAUGUUGACGGGUAUUCUGCUAGCCAAUGGGACACUUAACGCAUCGAUUCUCAACAGUCUUUAUAAUGAGAAUUUGGUAAAAGAAGGUGUUUCUGCAGCUUUUGCAGUCAAGCUGUUCAAGUCAUGGAUAAAUGAGAAAGAUAUUAAUGCAGUGGCUGUCAGUCUUCGUAAAGUAAACAUGGAUAACAGACUGAUGGAGCUCUUCCCAGCCAACAAACAAAGUGUUGAACACUUCUCCAAGUACUUCACUGAAGCAGGACUGAAAGAACUUUCCGAGUAUGUUCGGAACCAGCAAACCAUAGGAGCUCGGAAGGAACUGCAGAAAGAACUUCAGGAACAGAUGUCACGGGGAGAUCCAUUCAAGGAUAUAAUCUUGUACAUAAAGGAGGAGAUGAAGAAAAACAACAUCUCAGAACAGACUGUGAUAGCCAUAAUCUGGUCAAGUGUAAUGAGCACUGUGGAGUGGAACAAAAAGGAGGAGCUGGUAGCAGAGCAAGCCAUUAAGCACUUGAAGCAAUACAGUCCUCUACUUGCUGCCUUUACUACCCAAGGUCAGUCAGAGCUGACUCUUCUGUUGAAGAUUCAGGAGUAUUGUUAUGACAACAUUCAUUUCAUGAAGGCCUUCCAGAAAAUAGUGGUGCUGUUCUAUAAAGCUGAAGUUCUGAGUGAAGAACCCAUCCUGAAGUGGUAUAAAGAUGCGCAUCUUGCAAAAGGAAAGAGCGUGUUUCUAGAGCAAAUGAAAAAGUUUGUUGAAUGGCUCAAGAAUGCUGAAGAAGAGUCGGAGUCUGAAGCUGAAGAGGGUGACUGACCUGUGACACUGUCCUCAGUAAAGCAAACAGGAGCUGUAGAUAACCGUCGUGUCUCAUGUCCUUCUGAUUCUUACAUCCUACCUCCCUGUAUCAAGCAUGAUAUAAGGGCUCAUGGCAAAUUUAUUUUAACUGUUUUCUAUAGUCAUUGAAAUACUGGGUUUAGUUUUUAAAACCAUGUUUUAAGUAGCUUACAGGAGUUACAGAUUUGACUCUAACCUGCAUUUGUCCUUUCAGUUACAUUCUACCUCCUGUAUUUUCUACUGUAAUAAUGUAAUUUAAGGCCUUCCACAAUGAAAUCCAUUUUACCCCUUGGAUUUUCUAUCUAUCUGCAUUUGAGUAGACAUGAUUUGGUAAACGAGAUUUAUGGCAGUUCUGUUUGCAAAUUAAAAUGUAAGAAGCCUCUGAUGUGAAGAGGCUGUGGCUUGUGUGGUAA